AAAAAAAAAAAAAGAGUUUUUACUCGAACAAUCUUUACUCCCUUUGAAUCUAAUCCUUAGAGGAAAUCGAAUUUUCAUCUUUUUUCAUAGUAUACAGUGAGAUCAUUCGAUUUUUAUACGGUGAGAUCAUUCGAUUUUUAUUUUCUCAUUUUCCAUCGAAUUAGUAUUGUAAUGGAUCAUAACGACGAGAUUACUCUGGCGGAGAUGAGGCCUAAGAGGCGUGCGGGGAGGACAGUAUUCAAAGAGACACGUCACCCAGUCUACAGAGGAAUACGGCGUAGGAACGGCGACAAAUGGGUCUGCGAGAUCCGAGAGCCGACGCACCAACGCCGCAUCUGGCUAGGGACUUAUCCCACGGCGGAGAUGGCGGCGCGUGCACACGACGUGGCGGCUUUUGCUCUGCGCGGGAGAUCCGCGUGUUUGAAUUUCGCAGACUCCGCCUGGCGGCUUCCGGUGCCGGAAACAACCGAACCAGAUGUCAUAAGGAGAGUGGCAGCGGAGGCAGCAGAGAUGUUCAGGCCGAGGGAGUUCGAGAGUGGGAUUACGGUUUUGCCCUCUUACGGCAAUGAGGUGUAUUUGGGCUCUGGUUCGGGAUGGGAGGAGAGGAAUUUGUAUGGAUAUGUAGAAGAAGAGGAAGAAGUGUCGACGACGAUGAUGAGACUGGCGUCUGAGCCGUUGAUGUCACCGCCGCGAUCUCAUAUGGAAGGGGAAGGCAUGACUUCUUCUAAUAAUGUUUACAUGGGAGAAGAGAUGUGUUAUGAAGAUACGUCACUAUGGAGUUACAGUUAUUAAGCGGGAGACUACGAUACUCACAUUCAUAUACUAUAGACUGUAGUAAAUGUGUGCAAUAGAUUGUGAGUUGUAAAAUUUCCUUGUUGAGGUUUUUUUUCUGUCCUCUACCUGAGUUAGAAGGUUUCUUGAUGGAAUGAUUUUGUAUUGUUAUAAGAAUAUUUUAUAAAAUGAUUGGCCUUUAUAUAUCUAUAUACAAAAGCAUAGUCUCA